AUGGCCGCCAAAGGGAUCCGGAUAGCCAUCGACCGAGGAGGCACAUUCACCGAUGCAUGGGCCCAAAUCCCGGGCCAACAAAACGACAUCGUUCUGAAGGUCCUCUCCGACUCUCCUGAAGAAUACAAAGACGCCCCAACAGAAUGCAUCCGCCAAAUCCUCGAAAUCGCCACAAAUACCACAAUCCCCCGGCACGAACCCCUCGACAUCGAAGCCGUCGAAUCGAUCCGCAUGGGCACAACCGUCGCCACCAACGCCCUGCUCGAACGAAAAGGGGCUCGCGUCGCGCUGGUCACGACGAAGGGUUUCCGAGAUAUUCUCAAGAUUGGGAAUCAGGCGCGGCCGAAUAUUUUCGAUUUGAGUGUGCAGCGGUUGAGCAAGCUGUAUGAGACCGUUGUGGAGGUUGAUGAGAGGGUGACGAUUGAAGGCUUCGCUGAAGACGCUGAACCGCAGCCCGUUGAUGUAGAUUCUGAUCCCCAACUGUGCACUGGACUGACUGGCGAGGCUGUUCGGAUCUUGAAAACGCCUGACCUGGAUGUUGUUCAAAAGGAUCUGUCGGCUCUAUGGAGGGAAGGUUAUCGAAGUAUCAGUGUCGCUUUCAUGCACUCUUACACAUUCCAGGAGCACGAGAACGCCGUGGCUGAGGUUGCUAGGGAGCUGGGUUUCCGAGUCUCGGUGUCUUCUGAGCUGCAGACGAUGGCCAAACUCGUGCCUCGAGCACAGUCGGCAGUCGCUGAUGGCUAUCUCUCGCCGGUGACAGAGGAGUACCUGAAAAGUUUCCGGAACGGUUUCAAGGGCCGGCUUGAAGACAAGAAUGGCGAGAAGCUGUUCUUGAAUCAGUCAGAUGGCGGGCUAGUCUCCUUUUCGAGGUUCACUGGCCUCAGAGGUGUGUUGAGUGGUCCAGCUGGCGGUGUGGUGGGCCUUUCGCGAACCUGUUACGAUGACAAGGACGCCACACCUGUGCUGGGUUUCGACAUGGGCGGCACCAGCACUGAUGUUUGUCGAUUUUCUGGCAGCCUGGAGCACAUAUUCGAAUCUACCAUAGCGCAGGUCACAAUCCAAACUCCUCAAUUAGACAUCAACACCGUGGCUGCUGGUGGUGGCUCCAUGCUAUUCUGGCAAAAUGGCAUGUUCGUAGUUGGCCCUGAAAGCGCUGGUGCGGCUCCUGGUCCGGCUUCUUAUGGCAAAGGAGGGCCUCUGACCGUCACUGAUGCGAACCUGUUCCUGGGGCGAAUAAUUGCAGAGUCUUUCCCCAGGCCAUUGGACGUCGAGAUCGUUAAGAAGAAGUUCGCGGAGCUGACAACCGUCGUCAACGAGGAGAAAACCGGCGAAGCCACCUUGACACCUGAAGAGGUUGCUCUUGGAUUCAUCUCCAUCGCGAACGCCACAAUGACACGUCCUAUCAGGACUCUAAGCGAAGGACGAGGUUUCGAGACUGGAGCCCAUAAUCUUGGAUGCUUCGGCGGAGCUGGUGGCCAACACGCCGUUGCUAUUGCUUGUGACUUGGGCAUCAAACGUGCGAUCAUUCCCAAGUACUCGAGUAUCCUUUCAGCAUAUGGCAUGGCUUUGGCAGACGUUGUUGUGGAGAAUCAAGAGGCAGAAGCAGUCACAUUCUCGGCCGCCGCGCUGCCACAAAUACAAGGCCGCUUGGAUAAACUCUGCAAAGCAGGCAAGGAUGGUUUGGUCGCACAGGGCCUCGAGACGAGCCAGAUCGAGCACACUCUUUUCUUGAACAUGAGAUACCAAGGCAGCGAUACCGCACUCAUGAUCCCGCAGCCAGACGGCGGACUUGAGAAGUUCGGCGAGGCAUUCAUCGCUCGACACCAUCAACAAUUCGGCUUCACACAGCCAAGGGAUAUCUUGGUCGACGAUGUGCGAGUCCGAAGUACGGCCAAAGGAAUGCAGGUCCAACUUACAAGCCCAUUCGAGGAGCUUAAGCGAGUGCAAUUGUCACCUCCAGUCAGUCCUUCAUCGGCGGAUUCGUAUCGACAGGUCUUCUUCCCGAAUCACGGAUGGACGGAAACGGCGGUCUAUUCAUUGGGUGUUCUUCCCGUUGGGACUCGUGUACAAGGGCCAGCGAUGGUCAUUGACAAGACGCAGACGAUUGUUGUGGAUCCAGGCAGUGCGGCGAUCAUUCUUCCUGAGCAUGUCAUGCUUGAGAUCUCGAAUAUCGAGAAGCCUGAUGUGGGUAUUGAUCAGCCCGACCCUAUCCAGCUCAGUGUCUUUGGUCAUCGAUUUAUGAGUGUUGCCGAACAGAUGGGUCAAACCAUGCAGAAGACCUCCAUCUCUGUCAACAUCAAGGAGCGCCUGGAUUAUUCAUGCGCCGUCUUCUCCGCAGAUGGAGGGCUCGUGGCAAACGCACCACAUAUUCCAGGCCAUCUCGGGUCCAUGAGCUAUGCGAUAGCAUAUCAAGCCAAUCUCUAUGGUCCAGGAGAACUCAAGCCAGGAGAUGUCCUGCUCAGCAACCAUCCAUGCUCCGGCGGAACGCACUUGCCAGAUCUAACGGUCACCACACCAGUCUUCGACAACGAUGAUGACCCGAAAGAUAUUCUUUUCUUCGUCGCCAACAGAGGUCACCACGCUGAUAUUGGCGGCAUCCAACCCGGUUCAAUGCCUCCCAACUCCACGGAAUUGUGGCAAGAAGGCGUCGCCGUGGAAUCCUUUAAGAUGGUCAAAGAAGGCGUAUUCGAUGAGAAGGGCCUGACAGAGAUCCUUUACGACAUUCCUGGCUCUUAUCCUGGCUGCAGCGGCACAAGGACACUGCGAGAUAACAUCGCCGAUUUGAAAGCAGCUAUUGCAGCGAAUAAUCGAGGCAUCCAUUUGAUCCAAGCACUGGUGAAAGAGUACUCGUGGCCUGUAGUCCAGUUCUACAUGAAGGCUAUCCAGCAUAAUGCCGCCCAGUCUGUGCGAGAGCUGCUGAAGAUCUUCUCUGAACGUUUUGCGGGCCAGACACUGCAAGCUGUCGACUAUAUUGAUGAUGGGACUCCGUUGGCGCUCAAGAUUGACAUCGACCGCGAGACUGGGAAUGCUGUGUUCGAUUUCACUGGCACAGGUCCUGAGCACUUUGGUAACCUUAACUGUCCGCCCGCGAUCAUGUACUCCGGUAUCAUGUACUGCCUUCGGUCGAUGAUCUCUUCAGAUAUUCCUCUCAAUCAGGGAUGCCUGGCUCCAAUUCAUAUCAAGCUAGACAGUGCUUCAAACACACUCCUCUCGCCAUCAUUGAAAGCCGCAACAGUGGGGUCGAAUGUCGAAACAUCGCAGCGGAUCGUCGACCUGAUUUUCAAGGCCUUCCGCGCCGCUGCAGCAUCUCAAGGCACUUGCAACAAUCUGACGUUCGGAUACGGAGGCACGGAUGCAGAGACGGGCAAGGUUACCAAAGGUUUCGGUUACUACGAGACCAUCGCCGGUGGUUCAGGAGCAGGCGCUGACUGGGAUGGGGAGAGUGGUGUCCACACGCAUAUCACCAACACCAGGAUGUCGGACCCAGAGAUUUUCGAGAAGCGGUAUCCAGUCAUCCUACACGAGUUCUCCAUUCGCAAGGGUAGUGGUGGAGCAGGCCUUCAUCGUGGCGGCGACGGAUGCAUCCGGGACAUCGAGUUCAGGAGACCGGUACAAGUCUCGAUCCUGUCAGAGAGAAGAGUGAUCCCACCACACGGCAUGGCUGGCGGUGACGAAGGCCAACGAGGUGUCAAUCUGUGGAUUCGCAAGUAUGAGGAUGGCACGACCAGGACGAUCAGUCUAGGUGGUAAGGCGACGACGCCAAUGAACGCCGGCGACCACAUUGUCGUUAUGACCCCUGGUGGAGGCGGAUAUGGUCGUGAUCCAGCCAAGAAGGACGAGCAGGAGGUGUUUGGUGCGUUCAAGGUACAUGAGAAGUUUGUGAGAAACCCGUCGUUGUUCAGAACGCAGGGCAGCCUUGCAGAGCGGAGUGCUCAGGCGACAAGCAACUAG